GUUUAAACCAGUCUCGUCCACGCUGUGUGUGUGACUCACUGUACUAUACUGCGUAGUUGACGUCGCUGCAAUGGAACAGAGCACAUCCACCUACCAAGAGGUCUACGAAGCCGAGCGCUUACUACGGAAGCGCACUCGUAAGGGAGCUGUUGAAUACUUGGUGAAAUGGAAAGGCUGGUCGAAUAAGUAUAAUUCGUGGGAACCGGAAGAAAAUAUCCUUGAUCCACAGUUAAUGGAGGAGCUCGAUAGAAGUUGCAGACGCCGCGAAGCACGUGAGGCCAACAUUCGAAAGCGUAGGAGACUGCUUUUCAAGGAAUGGAAGCUCCGGAAACGGCCAAUUGAAAUCAACACGAGUCGACGCAGACGGACUACGCCUACACCGGAAGAAAACAACGGCACAGAAAUUGCAGAGUUUACAAUGAAUUGUAAAAAACAUAAAGGACAGUAUGAGGAGGCUAGUGAACAGUCGUCGACGGAAAAAAAUCAAUGUCAGCAAGAGGCAGCAGACGAGAUGAAUGUUUGUCAACCGUCGAAGCCAAGCCCCGUGCAAAUAUCCGUGCAACACGAGGAAAUGAACAGCGAAAUGACGGAAAAUCAAAGCGAUAGAGUAGAUUAUACGGAUAACCAGGUAGCAAAGGAGCAAAAGGCACGGAUACCAUCAUUGUGGUGCCCAUACAAAAUGAGCGACGAAAAUUGCAACGAAGUUGCUACAAUGAAAAAUGUGGCCAGCUGUAACAAUUAUGGCGAGUUCUACACAACGACCAUGACAUCUGUAAACACCCAAAGCGAAGUGCAAAGGGGCAAUGACCACGCGAGGACGGUUUUGUCACGUGACCCAGGAAUGAACGGGGAGAUGAAAGUACCUAAACACGUUGAUUGGCAGUACAUAACAAGGUUGGAUAUUGACGAGUACGUGUGUCACCAACCAGACAGUCCCGGGUCGUGCAUGAAUUCGCCUAUUGAAGGCGCGUCACACGGAGGAAAUCUGGUAUGUACGUUGCCUAGCGACACCGCAAGCAGCUCUGCGACACCCCUCGUGGACGUGUUCGUGGCCAAUGUGACGUCACAUGACGUAACAGUGACUAUCAAGGAAAGCCGGAUGCAAGAUGGAUUCUUCAAAAUCUGUAUGACGUAAUUACUGCUAAAUGAGAUCUCAGAUUGUAAUAAUUCUGUCUCCAUGGCAACUACCGUCGGAUAAAACGUGGAAUUGAUCGAGCGAAAGUCAUUAUUGGAUGACGAAUGCCUUGCCAUUAGGUGAAGUCAAUGGCUUGUCAGAGCAUAUAAAUGUAACAGCGGGGCUUCGGUUGAGAAAGAACAAUAUUGUCCUUCCUUAAUUGAAGGGCUUAGCGCUAACGAUGGAAUUCAUUGAAAGAGUGUUUACAAUAUAAAAUAUAUAGUGUAUAUAAAUAAUAUAGACACUGGGUGAAUCACCAACAAUUAUAUAUACGUUUAUACAUUAACAUAAUUUAUAUUUUUUAUGUGGGUGGAGCAGGUCGGAGUGUGAGAAGUAUAUAGAAUGCGUUGUAACACAUCGUAGAAUCGAGUAUGUUUCAUGAAAAACGAUUUGGCGACGACUACAUUGCGUUUUUGAAGAAAGUGUGUUUCUUUGUUAGUAGAUACGUUAAGCACUUGUCAUGCUUGUAGUAUAAAUAACCAAUUGAAGAGAUAUGUCGAUUUGUGGAAGUUAUAUAAUGGACGGCCCAAUAAUACUGACUGACCGACACUCAUGUGAUAUUAUUACCAGUAAGUUAAGUAGUCCUAAAAAUAGCCUCGAACAAUUCGUGAAAGUUACCCACGUCGCUGACGAUGACGUGUUUAAUGAAUCAGAGUAAAAAAUCGUUUGACUUGCAUUAUAAAUGUUAAUAAAUGCACAAUAACAUUGAAUAGUUCGAGCGUACAUUUUUAUAACUUCAUGAGUAAUGGCAACAGUUUGACAGGAAUGACUGACUUGUGUGUACCACUAUGACCUGCUCGGCGAAAUACACUUGUAUGUCGUAUUUACACUGUGACUUGCGCUAUACUUUCGGUAAGGUAUUUCUGUGUGUGUCACAGACUUGUAUUGUAAAAAAAAUGAAAAAAGCGUAACUUAAAUUAUCCUGGUUUCAAACUACUUUACGUAGCUAUCGGCACAAUACAUCGUAAAUUUACCUAAUAUAACGUAACGUAACUUGUACAAUUCUGAACCGUAUAAUUGCAUCUACAAUUCACACGUAAAAGACGUGACAAAUUGUUACGCUGUCAUCUAGUUACUAACGUAACCCAGUGACAUGCACUAAACAGUCGAAUAAAGCUGCUAGGACAACAAAAAUUGAAAAUGAAAGUAGGUAUAACCAAACUGAAAAAGGGCCGUUGUUAGAAAAAAAUCUGGUUAUAUUGAUUAGUUGAUUACCAACGACUACGUUAACCUACUACCAAUUUCUAAGUAUUGUGUUGUUGUGUAUUGUAUACUAGUUUGAUACUACCUGUCACUACUUAAUACGCUGGGGGGUCGAUUGAAGUAAUUUGAGGGAUAACAUUCUCUAUAACUACAAUUUAAUCUUAAACAUGUCACAAAUUAAAUGUAAAAGA